AUGGCUUCAGAUUCAGCAAAGGAGAUUGUGGAGCCAUUAAGGGAAGGUGACGGCAAAUUCUCAGAGCUGCAGAGUUCUAUGGCUGAGAGUAGGCUCCGGGCUCCUAUCGUAGGGGCUCAACUGGAAGUUUCCAGUUGUCUGGAAAAAUGCCGGAUGAGCUCUGCAGAUGCUGGGAGGCAGCCCUUCUCUGGAAAGUCCUUUUAUCUGGAUCUGCCUGCUGGCAAGAGUCUCCAGUUUUUGACGGGGGCCAUCCAGCAGCUGGGUGGGGUAAUUGAGGGUUUUCUGAGCAAAGAAGUAAGUUACAUCGUGUCCAGCCGCAGGGAAGUGAAGGCAGAGAGCAGUGCGACAGACCACAGAGGCCGCCCCAGUCCCAGCGAGGUCAGGGUGCAGACACCGUCCACGGCCCAUCCGAAGUGCGGCCACCCCCGGCCUCCACAGAAACCCACAGACUCGGUGCCUUUGAGCAGAGGGAAGGAGCUACUGCAGAAAGCCAUCAGAAACCAGGGGAGCAGCAGCGGAGGAGGUGGCGGGAGCAGCAACAGUCUCCUGACCAGUGCCCGCUCCUGGGGAGUGAGGAUCCUGCAUGUGGACGAAAUGAUGAUGCACGUGCAACAGCUGUCUCUUGACGCCUUGCGUGUGAAGAAACAGGGGCCAAAGAAGAAGCCAGAGGGAACGUGUCCAGCAGAGUCAAGAACGCGGAAAGUGGCCAGACUGAAGGCACCAUUCCUCAAAAUUGAAGAUGAGAGCAGGCAAUUUCGUCCUUUCCACCAUCAGUUUAAAUCCUUUCCUGAAAUUUCUUUUCUGGGACCCAAAGAUGCAAGCCCUUUUGAAGCCCCGAUGACCCUGGGCAGCUCGCAUCAUACCAGAGAACCCAAGGACCGAGAGCCAAGCCAGCGAUUGGCCACCCGCACCCCACCCAGGAGAAGGAAGGGCUUCUGUGAGUGCUGUCAAGAGGCCUUUGAAGAGCUCCACGCGCAUCUCCAGAGCGCCCAGCACCGGGGCUUUGCCCUAGAAGCCCACCCGUAUGCAGAAGUCGAUCGGGUCAUUGCCCAGCUCAGCCACAGCUUUGCUGACACCCCCUCGCAGGCCAGCCUCCCCAGGCAGCCAGGCUCCCCGUGUUCAGAUCUUGACCUGCUGUGUCCUGAGACUCCGCCUCCUAGCCAGCCCUGCCAUCCCAGGGCAGCAUCUCCCAGGAUGAAAGAGGAAGACGAGCAUCAGGCCCCAGGCACUCCAGAGCAGGAUGGGACGGUGGGCAGCAUGAAGGCAACCGAUGAACCUGUGGGGGCUGAACUCUCUGGCUCGGAUGUCGCACUUUUUGGCCACAAGCGGAAGAUUCGGCUCCCCAGUGGCAAUCCUGAAAAGAGCUCCCUAGCUGCCCUGUGGCUCCAGGCCAGCUGUCAGCCCACCUGCACUCAGCAGCUGACGUGCAGCCUGCAGGAAGACCCGCAGAGAGCCCGUCUACCUCUGUCCCCUGCUCUCAGCCAGCGGGGGAGCCAGCUGCUCCCAAUGGUUCUGGGCCUCCCAGCCUCCCUGUCUCAGCCCUAG